AUGGUUGACCUAAACAAGCCUGGCUCCAUCGAGCGAGUCACUGCCAUCACUGAGAUCGAACGAAUUCUUCACAAAUACUGCAUAAUGGCACGCGAAAACGCCCCCUUCUCUGAAAUGGCGAAACUAUUCCACUCUAAUGGCAUUUUCCGUCUCCCGAAUGGAGCCGGGGUUCCCGUGCAAGAGAUGGGAACCGUCGUCCAAGGCAAACCGCCAGCCUUUAUCCGCCACCAUCUCACCAGUGUGGAUAUCGAGUUUUCAAAUGAGACGGAGGCAAAGACAAAAUCACUGUUUUUCGCUAUGACUACUACGUCGACAAUUGAUCAUUGGGGUUAUUGGCAGGAUGUCUUCAGUAGAACUGAAGAUGGACAAUGGUUGAUUGAAGUACGAGAGAUCGUGGUGGAAGGUCAGGAUGCCAAUGGUUGGUAUGCGGGCGCAUAUGGCCAUUAA